AUGGCUUCCUACGAUCCUUACUGUAGGAGACCUGAGCCCACGCGUCUCGUGCUCCUGGAUCAAAUCCACGAGCAAGGACCAGGCACCAAGAUCCGCGUGCUGGGAUGUGUGCAUGAGUACAUGAUCGACAGCGGCACGCUCGUGCUGAAGGGCGAACAUGCGGCCACCGCGUCUCGCAAUCUCACAGUCUUUGCAGACAUCAACAACGUACUGGAGAGUKUCCAACGCGAACUGCUUCAAGUUGGAGCUUGGGUGAACAUCGUUGGCUACGUGAGACCCCACACUCAAGUUGCGACGACAUCAAGAAAGCACAAGAAAGGCAUCAAAACGCUGAGCUUUCCCACCGUCGAAGUUCUGAUGAUCUGGUCCGCUGGAGCCAUCAAACUCGUCAGCUACCAGUCGGCUGUACGGAGCGUCCAGUCAACUUCGCUUCCAGCUGGAUGA